GCAAACACAUAAUCUACUAACGAAAAAUGAUAGGACAUUGUACUCCAUGAUAAGGGAGGUUGACCACACCAGAUCAAUUCCAACAUGGGCUCUAAAAGUACAAGUUGUGAGGACUUUUGAGAUGCCUCAUCAAUGUAGAGGCCGUGAAAGAAUGGAGACCAUUUUUCAUGAUGAAGAGGGUGACAAGAUCCAUGCAGUAAUUAAGAGGUCGUUUAUGCAUCUUUACAAAUCAAGACUGGUGGAGAACAAAUGCUUCAGGAUCAAGAACUUCUUAGUGUUGGAUAACUACUAUACUUAUAAAACCACUCUCCAUCCUUACAUUUUGGAAUUUAUCAAAAAAACAACAGUUUUUGACCACCGGUCAGAAAACUUUCCAAAUUUUGUCAAUAAUUUUCACCGGCAUGCUGCAGAGCCUAAGGGUGAUAAAUGACAAACUACUUAUGGGUAAUAUUCGAAUUUUUAAACAUGCACGGUUGUGUUUUUUUUGUACUUUCAUGAUUAAACACUCCAUAAAGUAUAAUACCAAGUAUAUACUUACACCUUAACCUAUUAUGCAUACAUAUGUAUGUCAUUGACAAAUUUGUGGGCAAAACCCCUGCACAAACGCAUGUGAUAAAUGGCAAACCUGAACUACUCAUUGAACUAAUUCUGGAGGAUCCUGAAGGUAACCGCGUCAGAUGCACACUUUGGAACGAC